CUAAAUUGUGGGCCGCGUAUUUCUCUGAACGAACGCACAGUUCGGUUCCAAUGAUGGUUGGGCCAUCUUCGAAUCCCAUUAGAUUGAAAUUCUCCGUCUCCCUGUUUUGUUGAAUAAUGUUACGCGAUUGACGCUCAAAACCCUAACUCUUCCAGAACAGAAUCGAGAUCAUGAGUCUAAUCUUAGAAACAAGGGCCUCUUCGUCUAUCACAAGGAGGAGAUCUAUGGUCUGUUUUGUUUGCGAGGCAAUCUGGCGAAGAGAUGAGGGUGGGUACGAAGUUUGCGCCGUUGACGUUCCUACUUCUAGUCGUGCGCUUGGAUCAACUAGUAAAUCCAUGGUACUGGGCGAACCCUUAUUUCACCUCCCGAAUACCUACCCAGUCACUAUGAACUUCUUCGCCUUUGGUUCGAAGAUAUACUUUUUUGGAGGAUGUCCUCCAGGGCACUCCAGACUUCUAUCGAAGGAUGUUUAUGUCUACGACACAUCCUCUCCUGGCAUUAGAAAGGUAGGAUGCAUGAAUCUCGGCAAGCUCGGCGCUGUGGUUAUUGGUCCGGUCAAUGACAAGUUCUAUGUGAUGAGUCAAAUUCUCACAUUUCGCGAUUUCGAGGUCUUCGACCCUAAUUGCAAUGCUUGGUAUUACCCCACUCAGCCUCCGGUUCAUCAUUUCCCUUCUCCUCUUAAUGGUCCGUUUAAGAUUUGUGCCUAUGCCGUUGUGAAUAAUGGCCGUGAAAUUCUUCUUUCCACCCAGUCCUCCGGCCUCUUCUCCUAUGACACAGUUGAACGUGAUUGGUCUCAUUUCCCUGAACGUUCUCUGCCCUUCCAAGGUGGGGCAGUGCCCAUCGGGGGUGAUCGAUAUUUGGUGUUUCUGGAGCGUUACCAAAUGGUACUGGGCACAUAUUGCUACAAUAGCAGUAACAAUGGUUGGUAUGACUUCCAAUGCAUCUGGCGAGGCGGCAAUGCCAUAACUCACCGGCAAAUUGCCUCUCCUUUAUGGUUGGGUGAUGGUCUAGUAUGUGGUGUUCUCAGUGGAUACAAUCGUUCACCCUAUGACCUUGACUUGGCUGCACCAAGUAACCUCUGCAUUGAAAUGGGGUUUUAUAGAGCUCGAGCCGGUCAAGUGAAAUUCUUAUCCUUCCAACGCUACAGGAACAAAUAUGACAUGAAGAAGUUCCAUAGGUGGAUGAUAGCUUCGUUCCCCUUGUGUCUUGAAACUGUAGCCAGCACUAGCGAGACAGAGGAGGUAUACUCACAAGGAAAAAGAAAGAGUGAUAAAGGAGAUUCAGGUGCGAUAGAAUGUAUAGCAAAAAAGUCGCGUAGAAUUGCUUCCUGAUGAUUAUUCCCUUCGUUGUUCGGUGACGACAUUUGUUUUUGGUAAUCUGUGUCGCCAUUUUUGGUUGGGCUUUUUGAAUUGGCGACGGGCAUUUCUAUCUUUGUUGGGAAUCUCUGGUUGACGUGCCUCACGUGUUUGUCAGUGCUUUUGUGUAGUUUGAUGAAACCAGACAUUUCCUUUUUAAACCUAAUGUUCAUAGUCUUUUGUAUAUCACACAUCUGAGCUACUCGGCUCUGAAUAGGUGACAUAUAUAUACCAGGUCCUAAUGCUUGAAUUUCUAUCUCUUUUGGUCAUUACUUUUUUUUUUGUUUUUCAUAUUGUAAUUUUCAAUUACAUUAAACUUGAUUUGGAUUCUCUAAGACGUUGUAUUGGUGAUUUUGUCAUUGUUAGUUGAUAAUAUUUGAG